AUGUUGUCACAACAUCCAGGCAACAACGAUGCGCCCGAUGUCCGCGUAGAGGACAUGGCGCCCCUGACGGCUUCGCCGUCUGACGCAGAGGCCAUUCAGACGCUCAUGGACGUCUUCGGUGCCACGCCGGAGCUCACCAUGUCGAACGACUUGAAUGAGUACCUCACUUCACCCCUCAUCGACUCUCCCCUCGAUGAUGAGCUGCUCACUACCCCCGCAUUUGGCUCUGCGGAUAUCAAUGCGGACAUCCUCACGAGUCCGCUUUUGGACGAUUUUGGGGGUGGCUCGUUCGGCGAACUCCCAUCUCUCUUUGAUGACAUCGGUGCCAUGUAUUCCCCAUGCAAGACCACCGAGUCUUACCACCUCCCACGCCCCAACUUCGAUGAUCUGUAUCAAAUGUCCCCCGACACUCCAAUGCUCAAUACCCCAAUUGAAUCGCCGUAUGACUCUCCGGCCAAUCGUCCAUCUGCACGAAAAGUUGCUGUCACUGGCACGCGCAAGAACAUCACGCCCGAGGCCCUUGUGCCUAUCGAUGCUCCCACGCAGCAGCGCAAGUAUCUGACUCCGUCAGCGACUUCUCGUAAGGAGGUUCCUGCUGUUUUCGCUCGGAAGCGGGCGCGUACGGCUGCUUUCGGUGACGAGCAGGACGAGCUCAAUGAGGAGGUGAUCAUCACGCCUUCCAUGACCGAGCAGGAGCAGAUCGAGGCAAAGAGACGUCAAAAUACCAUCGCUGCUCGGCGGAGUCGCAAGCGCAAGCUCGAGUACCAGCGAGAGUUGGAGGAGAGCGUUGAGCAGUACAAGCGCGAGAGUGAGAUGUGGAAGUCGAGGGCGAUGACUUACCAGGCUCUGCUCCGAAGCCACAACGUCGAGUACCCCGAAUUCACAGACUCGUGA